AUGGCGACGGGAAAGAUAUUGUUAGGAAGGGAUGUCAUCCAAGUCCUCUUCGUCAUAUUUUAUACUGUAAGAUCUGAAAGUAACGUCGCAUUACUUAAAGCAACAUAUCAAAGUAGUGACCAGGGGAGCGGUAAACAUGUAGCCAGUAACGUUGUGGAUAACUGUCUAACUGACUUCGAUGCUGGUUGUUGUACACAUACGAAGGCCGGUCAAAACACGGCCUGGUGGCGUGUUGAUCUGGGAGAUCUGAUGACCAUUACUAGGAUAAAAAUUUACUACAGAGAUGGUUUUAAGCACAGAUUUGCAGGAUACCAGCUUUAUGUAUCUAAUGACACCAGGACGCCAACAGAUGGUGUCCUGUGUUUUGUGGACACUAGUAGUAUUCAAGAUGAUGUACAGCUGGUGGUGACACACCAGUGCCCGUAUGUAGGUUGGUAUGUGACCGUGUACAACUAUAGAAACAACACAAAACGAUACAGCUGGUAUUAUGAUGACGCUAUUCUGGAGUUGUGUGAGGUACAGGUGUUUGGAUGUCAAGUAGGGAGAUACGGUGACGGACACUGUAACAAUCUGUGUCCACCAGCGUGUUAUGGCGGUAACUGUAACUCCAAAACAGGUGCCUGUUUCUAUUGUGUUCCUCAGAAGUAUGGCAUCAGAUGUGAACAGAAUUGUUCUACGAAUUGCCUGGAUAGUCUAUGUGAGAAUGUGAACGGCUACUGUUACGAAUGUAUUCCUGGGAAGUUCGGUAAUACAACGUGUGAUCAGAACUGUCCAGAAAAUUGCAAUAAAACAUUGUGUGAAAAGACCACAGGAUACUGUUUAGAAUGUAUUCCUGGAAAGUACGGAAACAUAUGUGAUCAGAACUGUCCUGCAAAUUGUAAGGAUAUGAUGUGUGAAAAGUCCACGGGAAACUGUAUUGAUUGCAUUCCUGGAAAACAUGGAAACACAUGUGAUCAGAACUGUCCUGGCCAUUGUAAGGAUAUGUUGUGUGAAAAGUCCACGGGAAACUGUAUUGAUUGUGUUCCUCAGCGGUACGGCAUUAAAUGUGAACAGGAAUGUUCUACAAAUUGCAAGGACCGACUGUGUGAGAAAGUCAAUGGGAGCUGUAAUGACUGUAUUCCUGGAAGGCACAGUACUAACUGUGAUCAGAGCUGUUCAGAAAAUUGUAAGGACACAUGUGAACGGGACACAGGAUCCUGUACAGACUGUAUUCCUGGAAAGCACGGCACUAACUGUGAUCGGAACUGUCCAGGAAAUUGUAAGGACAUGCUGUGUGAACGGGACAAUGGAUCCUGUACAGGUUGUUCUGGAGGAUUUUACGGUACAAACUGUUCGAUGACAUGCAAUAGCAGCUGCGUUAAAUGUGAUCAGCAGAGCGGGGAAUGCACGGAACAAGCCCAACAAUCCGAAAGUCAACCUCCAGUAGCCGUUGGGCCAAUAGUAGGAGCUAUAGCAGGGGUGAUUGCUGUAGCUGUCAUCGCUAUUGUUAUUGUCAUCAUCGUCAGAAGACGUCGCCAGAGUGAUGGUAAACAGGAAUCCUUUACUGAUAUCGGCCGUUCCAAUGUACACAAGAAGACCAUUUACAACGAACCGCUAGACCCAUCUGGCAAAUCUGGAGUUGCAGAGAGAAACGACUACAGUAAUCCAUUAGAUCCAGACGAGCCACACGAGGACACAGUCAAUGUUUAUGUUAACACUGAGGAGGUAGGAAGAGAGCCCGGAUCUAGUGGUAGCGUCUACUAUAAUACCGGUCCUGUUGGAUUUCCUGUCUCCAGCCUCAAAUCUCUUGUCCAAACAAAACUGAAAAACAAGGCCAAGGCUUUCGAGAACGAAUACAAGUCUAUACCGUCUGGAGAUUUACACGAACAUAAAGUUGGAAUGUUAGAACAAAACAAAGCAAAGAACAGAUUUAAAACCACGUUUCCCUAUGACCAUUCCCGUGUGAUUCUUGAUAAAGUUGGAAAAGAUCCACACUCCGAUUACAUCAACGCCAACUACAUCGACAGUGUUACAAAUCCUGCGGAGUAUGUUGCAACACAAGGACCAAGACCUGGCACUGUUAACGAUUUCUGGCGAAUGAUUUGGCAACUGACGACCGGCAAAAUUGUUAUGUUGACAAAUCUGAUUGAAGGCGGCAGACCAAAGUGUGACAAAUAUUGGCCGGAUGAAGGAGAACCUUUGAUUACGCCACACUUCAGCAUCAUCUUGGAUAGGGAAAGGUCGUAUGCCUUCUACGUCAUCCGGGACCUUACAGUUACAGAAAAGAAGACAAAGACAGUACGUCAGAUACAUCAGUUCCACUAUACCACGUGGCCCGACCACGGGACUCCAGACCCAAACGAACUCGUUGUCUUCCACCGCCGUGUGAUUAACUACGGGACUGUCCUCACAGGGAAAAUGGUUAUUCAUUGCAGUGCUGGUAUAGGCAGAACGGGGACAUUCCUUGCCUUGGACGCUCUCUUGGAAUAUGGGAAGGAGUGUGGUAGCAUUGACGUAAUGCAAUAUAUAAAAACAAUGCGGAAGGAUAGGAUCAAUAUGGUUCAAACUGUUGAACAAUACAUAGCUGUACACCAGCUCCUUAUAGAAGCCUUCGAUAUGCCAGACACCCUGAUUCCGAGAAUGAAGUACCACACGACACUUACUGCUCUCUCCAAUGGCGGUCCCACGAACCAAACAAAGCUCAGGAACGAAUACCAAAUGACACAAUCUUUGAAACCAACUUACCAUGAGGCAGACUACAGAACCGCGCUAUUGCCAUCCAACAAGAUGAAAAACAGGACCUUGUCUGUCUUAGCAGUUGACGAGUAUAGGGCGUACCUGAGAUCUCAGCCUAUAGGUAGAACAGACUACAUUAAUGCGGUGAUGGUGCCCUCCUAUACGUCCAAAACUGGGUACAUCGUCACACAGGCUCCUCUGGAGGACACCGUGGUGGAUCUGUUGACGAUGAUAAUGGACCACAGCUGUCAAACAAUUGUCAUCAUCGAGCCGGACGACAUUGACUGGCUUCCAGGGGAAGGCGAAGAAAAAACCAUUAGGGAUUUCACUUUGGAACACAAAGGGACGUCUUCAACAAUAGCAAAUGUCAAUUUGCUUGAAAUUGCUAUCGAAAAUGUGGUGACUAGCUUUAAUAGCCUUGUUCGAAUGUUCCACAUGACUGGAUGGGAUAGUGACUCGGCAGUCCCUCGAGAUUCGUCCGCGCUACUUCAGCUGCUGGAACUUGUUGACAGCAGACGUAAAUCAGACGAUUCCAAGACUACACUUGUUAUGUGUCGAGACGGAUAUUCCCAGAGUGGACUCUUCUGUUGUAUCAGCAAUGCCAGGGACCAGAUGAAGUCUGACGAGGAAGUUGAUAUCUAUCAGAUUUCUCGUCAGCUACUUGUGCGACGUCCAGCAUUUUUAAUCAAUUUUGACCAGUACCAAUGCUGCUACAACGUGAUUAAAGACUACCUGGAUACCACCGACGUGUACAUGAACUGA